AUGAUUUCAAACAUCCAGAUUAAUGUAAAAAAACCUAACGGAAAACCAGCACCAGCAGAAAUUAUUGAAAUUUGUUAUGAAGCUUAUCAACGGUUUGAUAUGUCAGCACCUAAACGUUGCAAGAAUUUUACUUCAGAACUUGAUGGAUCAGUACAAUUUGUUAUACCUGCUCAACCAAAUUUCAUUCAAGGGAUUUAUGUAGAGGCUGUGGCUACCAAGUACCCUAAUGUUGAUUCAAGAGGAAAAAGAGUUCUUUAUCAACCUAUGGAAUCCUUGUACUUGACACCAUGGUACUCUCCCAGUGGCAGCUUUUUGGAGAUUCUUCCUAUUCACAGGAUUUCAGAAUGCCAAGAUAAACUUAAGCUUGAUGUGAUUUACACAACAGAUACUAUUGAACAAGCUCCUGUUAUGUUUGUUCAGAUGAUAAGAAGAGGAAUUCCAAUGAAACCUGUUAAAGUAGAUCAACUUCACAUCCAACAGUUGAAUCAGAAUAGUAAAAUGCUAAAAAACAUUAUUAUGGAUGAACAAAUAACGCUAAGUGACAGCUUAGCCAAAAAUAUUUCCACCAAAAUUCCAACCUUGCCAUAUAUUGCACAUACUUCAAUAGAACUUGAGAUAAAUGGACAGCUCACUCCUAUAAGCAGGAUAGUUGUAUUCUUUGUUAGAAAUGAUCGUGAGGUGGUUGCUGACUCUACAUAUUUCUUUACUGAAUGUCUUACAAACAAGGUUAAACUCUCCAUUCAGAAAAAUAAACAUAUAGGUGCAAAGUUUAGUUUUGAUUUAGAAGCUGAUCAGAAUUCCCUGUGUAAUGUCCAUGUUUUGGAUAAGGCAUCCAAAAAGGAUUCAUCAACAUUAACUAAAGAAAAGCUGUUUGAUGUUCUUCGAUAUCAAGACAUUGGACGUUACAAUUAUCCCUUCCAAAAUGGACAUUGUAAGACAACAACUGGUGAUUCAGCUCCAACAAGUGGGGAUAUGUUGACAAGAUCUCAUCGAUCCUCUUUGUAUGCUGAUUCCCUUGUGGCCUUUGAUGAUGCUGGUUUUUUGGUGAUGGCAGAUCUAACUUUGGAAACUAAACCCUGUAUUAGUUCCAAUAAAUUUUCAUAUCUCAUAGGUAAAAGAAAUAGCUAUUACAAUGGUCAUAAGUCAGCUAUGGAAAGCCUAAAUACACGUUUUUUCAAAACUCUUUUAUGGGAUUUGGUACAAGUAAAUGGGAAAACUGAAAUUCAACACAAUGUUCCUAAAGAAACAACUAAGUGGAGUGCAAAUGCUAUCUGUUUGAGUGAUAUCUCUGGCAUUGGAAUCAGUGAAUUAGUCAGUGCUGAAGUUCAUAAACCAUUUUAUCUGGGCCUUACUACUCCAUACUCCAUAGUUAGUGGUGAAAGUGUAGAGCUGAAAUCUUUCGUGUACAAUUACUUGCCUGAUUGCCUUCCUUUAACAUUGGCAUUGACAUCAGAAUAUUCUGAGCAGUUGAAGGCACAAGGCAAAACUACACAGUCUAUUUGUGUUUGUGGUAAUGAAAGUAAGACAGUCAACUUCAAAGUCAAAGGCCAAACCCCAGGAAAAGCCAUUGUAUCUGUGAAAGCAUCAUCUAACAAAGAUAAAAGUCAGUGUGACAAAACACCAGUGUCUGACAAACAUUUUGAAGACAUAGUUUCAAGGAAUAUUCAAAUUGAAACUAAUGUCGAAUCUUUUGCCAUUGAUAAACCUGUACCUAGCUUCAAUGUUAAAAUUUCUGGUGUUGACACUGGUUUAGGGCAAUGUGAAAAACGUCAUUUGAAACUGUGUUUAAGAUAA